UCCAAAUCUUCUACGACAUACUCAAACUUAAACUUUGUGGUUCAGCAUACCUCCAGUUUAAUUGGCGAUAUUGUCAGCAGACUGCAAUCAAAGACUAUGUCUUUAUUUCGUCAGUUUGGUCUUGAUCAAAGCCCAGAGGUAGAAGAGCUUGGGGUGGAGUUCACAGAAGCAGCUGAGCCUUUCAAAGGAAUGGAGACAGAUUAUAAACAGAUGCAGUAUUUUGCUAAAUCUGGAAACUUCAUUCAGCCAGUUGAGGAGCUUCUGUCUGGGGUUUCCUAUGUUCAGCCAAUGGCCUCUGCCACUGGCAUUGUCCGGCAAGUUGCAGUUCCUGAUUCAUAUCACCGUAUUCCGUUAAAGAGCCUUUUGACCAAGAUUCUUGAAAUUCCCGGGAUUUUACAGGCCAUGCUGGAAUGGCAGCGCAGAGAGGGUGAUGCAAUUCAGGAUCUUUUUGAUGGGGAAUUUUGUAAAACACAUCCAUUGUUCCAGAAUGAGGUUUCAAUCCCACUUGUGAUUUACCAAGAUGAUUGUGAGAUAGUAAAUCCGCUUGGUUCUAAGACUGGGAUUCACAAGUUAGGACUUAUUUAUUUCAUCUUGAAAAGCUUGCCACCAGACCUGCUAUCAAGUUUGCAGUCACAGUUCCUUUUAGCAGUGUACAAAUCUGAUGACGUAGCGACCUAUGGCCUUGAUGCGAUCCUGAGCCCUAUCGUGGAAGAGAUCAGGUGUCUAGAGAGUGAUGGCAUCUUUGUUAAUACCCCCAACUAUCAAGGUGUUGUCAAGUUUACGAUGGUCCAGGUAGUUGGAGACAAUUUAGGCUUGCAUGGCGUUCUUGGCUACAUUGAAAGCUUCAGUGGAAACUAUGUGUGUCGGUUCUGCAAAGCAGAUAAAAGGGGUGUGAGGUCUCUGACACUGGAAGAUCCUGCACUGUUGCAUGAUCGCAAUAGUUAUGAGGCAGAUUUGCGUACAGCAGACUCCUCCCAGACAGGCCUGAAAAGAGACAGUGUCUUGAACAACUUGUCUUUUUAUCAUGUAUCGGACAAUGUGGCAGUUGACAUCAUGCAUGAUGUACUGGAAGGGGUGGGGCCCUAUGAAGUCAAACUUGUGUUGAAUUCACUAAUUGAGCAAAAGUAUCUCACACUAGAAAAGCUCAAUUACAGAAUAACAAGCUUUGACUAUGGAUUUUGUGAUAAGGGUAACAAACCUUCCGUCAUAAGCAAUCUCAAAAACCCUGAAGCCCCCAUGCGGCAGUCAGCAUCUCAAAUGUGGUGCCUACUUAGGUUACUGCCGACAAUGAUAGGUGACCUUAUCCCUGUGGAUAACAAGCAUUGGGAACUUCUACUCCUCCUACUCUUGUGCAUGGAGUUCAUCUUUUCUCCUUCGCUUACUGUAGCAGCGACACUGUACUUAAGCAAAAUCAUUGAAGAGCAUCACUCCUACUUCCUGGAGCUCUAUCCUCACCUACAUUUACGGCCAAAACACCACUUCAUGCUGCAUUACCCAGGAGUCAUUCAAAAACUCGGACCGUUGAGGCAGUUCUGGGCGAUGAGAUUUGAAGCUCGACAUGCAUUUUUCAAACAGGUUGAACGUGCUGUUGUGCCUGCUAUCCCACCUACAAUCUCGGAUGUCCUACCAACUGCCACUCCUCCAAACCCCAUGGAGGAACAAGCAGCAGCUGUGGUACCAGUAAAUCAGCUCAUGCAGACAAUACACAUCAUUCCACAGUUUGAUGUCCGGCAGAUUCUUACAGGCUUACAUGAUGGCAAGCAAAUUGUUGAGAGCCUUGAUGAAGAUAAUGUCAUCACAACUAGCCAGAGACGUCUCCUCGUCCGUAUCUUGGUUUCGUACCUCAUUGAGAAGUUUGGAGAGAAUCCUACAUCAGAUGUCAAAAAGGCACUGGCAUUGGGUUUGGUUCAGUCAUUUGCCUGUUUGAAAGACUCAUCAAGCAGUGGCAGCGAAAUAUGGUACACCCUGGACGGAGCCACCGGCCAGCCACUGGAUUCCUAG